UCUUCGCGCAACUCUCCAUUCAUAAACUCUGGUUUUGUCGUGUUCAGUGUUCAGUCUACUUGGUAAACGGACGAAUAAGCGGUGUUUAGUUGAAGUUUGAAUAUAAAGUCAAGUUUAUUCUGUAUGUUUUGUUCGGUAACUUAUUAUGGAUGAAUCUGGAAUUGAAACGGCAUCCGUUCCCGAAUGGUUAAUCAAAUUGGAAAGCCGACGAGAACAGAUCAAAGCAAAGCUGGAACAUGAAAGCGGUAAUGGAGCACCGUGUGCCAUUUGUGGAACUAAAUGUCCAGGCUUGGAUUUGCACUUUUGGAGAAAAGUUUGCCGAAACUGCAAAUGUCGUAAGGAGCAACACGAUUGUAAGGAUGACGUGAUCUCUGGAUGGGCACAGUUCGAAAUUCUGGGUGCAAUACGGUCCCAAUCAGCAUAUAUUAAAAUAUCAGAGCUUACGGAUAAGCUUGUGCAAUUAGAUUGGAUACCUCCAAAUGUAACUGCUGAUUUGGCUUCCGAUUAUAUGUCCAAAAUUGGUGCGGCCAACAUUCCAAUAGCUGGUAGUGAUGCGGCAAAAAAACGUAAGCAGCAGCUCGAGUAUCAAAUACCUCCACAUGAUCUGGACGCCACUUUAUGCCACAAUUUGUCGGAAAAUGAAGCCACUCAAUUAGUGCAAUACGUCGAAAAAAUUAGGAAAAGUUGCGUAGGACAGGGCAACGUAGUGCGAAUCGGAGACCUUCAGAAGCAUUCAUUGGCUGUUGGUAAUCAACAGUUUUCUACUGCAGAUCCAACUGUUACUGGAUCCCUGACCAACAAACUAUUGAACCAUAUUUUAUGUUCGGACCCCAUAAAGAAUGCCUUCCUCGGGGAUCCAAAAAAUGCAGGUAAAAAAAUAUGCAUUCAAAGUGAUCCGAUGGAACCUGAUUUUAACGCAAGUCCUUAUUUGUCUGACAAAAUGAAGUAUAAAUUGAAGUUGAUGAAAGUGAAUUCAGAGAUCAUUCGCAUAGCAGUGGAAAAGGCAUCUGAAAUUGACAAUGUUAUAGAAGUGUUGAAUUCACAGAAAAUGUCUUUUAAAGACAGUUGCAACCUUAUGGGUCCAUUGUAUCAAUUUAGGCAGGAAUAUAAAAGCAAUCCGAAAUUUCAAGCAGAAAUCAACAAAUACCUCUUUUCAACUGCUAAACCUGAAUCCAUCUGUGCCAUGCAGCCUAUGCAACGAGAAAAUUUGAAAGCGUACAAUAUAUAUUCCAGUAAGUGCCUUGCUGCUACGGAAAAAGAUAAUGUUCUUGCAAAUAUCUUGACUUCUGAUGCUCUAAAGACUAUUCUACAAACUCCUGCCUACGGAAAACAGCUUAUAAUAUCGCGCAAACCUCUAGUACCAGAUUUCAGUACUAGUCCUAUUUUAUCAGCAGCUUCGAAAACCUUUCUGGAAAAAAUUAAAAUAAAUUCAGAGGUCUUGAAAAGUGCUGUGAUAAAUGGCCCAUUAUAUGAUGAACUGCUCAUGAAGCUGGACAAUAAUUGCAUAAACUUCGUUGAAGACUCAUUAUUGCAGCCGAUAUGUAUGAUUCGCGAUAAAUUGAUCAGUUUUCAUGCAGACGACAGUUUCCAGAAAGAAGUAACAAAUUUCGUCAAAAAUUCUAAUCUUACACCAUUUGGUAUAACUGUAGAUCAAGUGCCUGAUAUUGCACAGGAAAUAAAAGCUGCUCAAGACAAGAAUACGACACUUACAUCAUUAUUAAAAAAUCCGUCUUUGCAGGAAGCACUCAAGUAUGGCAAGCAGCUGAGUAUACCCCUCCAUUUAUCAUCAAAUAUUCCAAUGAAUGACAAAUUAGCAUGUUCUUCGAAAAUAUCGGGUCCAACUUAUGAUAAAAUUGCUAAUAUGAAAAUAGACCAUACGGUGCUUGAAAGUGUUGUCUUAUAUGGCCCAAUGUAUGACCAACUGAUACAACAAUUGAACAGAAAUGGUGUCGACAUUUCCAACGAUUCAUUACUAGAUUCCAUUAAAACACUUCGAAAUGAAUAUAAUAACGAUGAACAUUUUAGAAGAGAUCUCGAGAGAUACAUUGUUCAUCCAGAACCCAACUUGUUUGAACCACCUUCAAUCGAAAAAAAUACUAAAGACGAGCAACCAUUAGCCACUAAUCUGUCCAAAAUGCACAUUUCCCACAGUGACGAUUCUGGCUUUGAAUCAGUUCCGCCAACUCCUAACUAUUCUACAUACCCAGGAUUCGCCAAACAAACCGAAAAUUAUACCUCACCUGGUACAUUUGACGAACUUCCAUCUAAUGGUGCUAUUCCAAAAAAUGUGCACGUUUCAGAACCUAGUGCUAAAGAAUGCAACUUGCCAGGGCACGACAUUUCAAAACUAAUGCCCAUUUCACAAUCUCCAAACUAUACUGUUUGCAACGGAUGCUCAACGUCCAUCACUUUCGGCGAAGUAGUUGUCACAGCCGAAAGAGUUGGAUCCAAUGCCGCUUGGCAUCCGCAGUGCUUUAAAUGCCACAAAUGUAGUGAACUGCUUGCCGACUUGGUGUAUUUUUAUCAUGGCGGUCAGGUGUAUUGCGGACGUGAUUUGGCUAAUAUAUUGAAAAUUCCUCGUUGUGCUGCUUGCGACGAGUUGAUCUUCACUAAAGAGUAUACAGCUGCAGAAGGUGCCACAUUUCAUAUUAAACAUUUUUGCUGCUAUCACUGCGAUGCACCACUUGCUGGUCAGCAAUAUGUUCCUGAUGAAAACUCUAGCAUGCCAGUCUGUUUGAACUGCUAUGAUACAUAUUUCGCAAAAACAUGUCAUUAUUGCCACGCAACUAUUGGACCAACUGAGCAGGGUGUCGCAUGGAAUAAUAUUCACUGGCAUGGAGUGUGCUUUGUUUGCAAUGGUAAGGAAUGUGGCAGGUCUCUCAUUGGAGGGCGGUUCUGUAUUAAAAGUGAUAUGCCUUUUUGUAGCCCACAGUGUGUGAAAAGUAUUCAAUUUUAGACUUUUGCCAUUUUUACAAGAAGUCAAUUUUUUGAACAAAAGCAUUGUAAAAAGUCUUCCAUGACCAUGUGGUCUUUUAUAGACCCUGUUGCCGGUUAAAGAAAGAAAUUGAUUUCGUGCACAUCAACGUAUAGGCCUGAGUGAAAGAAAAAAACAAACUCCCACCGCCCAGCGAAUAACAAACUUAUUUUAAUAUUUUUUGUCAGUAAACUCGUAUACUUGCAUAUCCUAAAACUGACCAGAGGAACUCGGGAAUGUUUUUAAGGUCAAAGUUAUUCUAGUGGGCAUAGGCCAACUUGUGACAUAAUUGGUGGACGAAUGUCCCCAAAAUUGAACAAAAUGCAUUCGACUCAUUGAAGGUCUUGAGAAAACUAUGGUAGAAUCGCAGGAGGACUUGAUGGAAGCCUUGCUAAAAUAACUGGAGGACUUAGGACUCUCUUGAAAACAAUCUGAAAUAUGGAGAUUCGGCUGGUGAAAUGGUUGGUGCAGUUUUUGAAAAAAUGUCUAUAGCGGAAAUAAAACAGUUUAUUCUGCACGCGUUCUGCUGGGCAGUUCUUG